CUUCCGUUUCUCUGUUUCUCGCUUAACCACACCGGAAAAUGGAGCAUUUCGUGGUUUCUUCUUUUAUCUUUCUUGUUUUCUUCCUCGAUUUUGCAGAUGCGGGUUCUAUUGGGGUAAACUAUGGAAGAGUUGCAAACAACCUCCCAUCGGCAGUCAAAGUGGCGGAGCUACUAAAAUCUCAGGGUUUGGAGCGGGUGAAGGUUUUUGAUACUGACCCAGCAGUUCUCAAAGCAUUUUCUAGAACUGGAAUCAAGGUGACUGUCGAUCUUCCCAACGAACAGCUCUCUAAUGCAGCCAAAAACCCCUCCUUCGCUGCUUCCUGGGUCCAGCGCAACGUCGCCGCUUACCAUCCGGCCACCCAAAUCGAAGCCAUUGCCGUUGGGAAUGAAGUAUUCGUGGAUCCCCACAAUACAACCCGUUUCCUCGUAUCCGCCAUGAAAAAUAUCCACCAAGCUCUUGUCAAGUUCAAUCUCCACUCCGCCAUAAAGGUUUCUUCCCCCAUUGCUCUUAGCGCCCUUCAAAACUCUUACCCCUCCUCCGCCGGAUCCUUCCGGUCGGAACUAGUGGAACCCGUUUUCAAACCCAUGUUGGAUUUCCUCCGUCAAACCGGGUCAUUCCUCAUGGUCAAUGCGUACCCGUUUUUCGCCUAUGAGUCAAACACUGACGUCAUCUCCUUGGAUUAUGCUCUGUUCCGGGAGAACCCAGGCGUCGUGGAUUCGCGUAACGGGUUACGGUACUUCAACCUCUUCGACGCCCAGAUCGACGCCGUUUUCGCUGCCAUGUCUGCUUUGAAGUACGACGAUAUCAAAUUAGUAGUGACGGAAACGGGCUGGCCUUCUAAAGGAGACGAGAAUGAGGUGGGUGCCAGCGUAGAAAACGCUGCCGCUUACAAUGGCAAUCUCGUACGCAAAAUCCUCACCGGCGGUGGGACUCCGUUGAGGCCCAAUGCAGAUUUAACCGUUUAUCUGUUUGCUCUUUUCAACGAGAACGAGAAAUUUGGUCCUUCAUCUGAGAGAAACUACGGACUCUUCUACCCCAACGAGCAAAAAGUAUACGACAUCCCUUUCACAGUUAAGGGGCUGAAGAACUACCGGGACAACCGUCCGCCGGCGGUCGGUGGUCAACCGAUGACGAAGCCGGUGAACGGCGGAGGGGGUGUUUCGAAGAGCACAACGGGGAACACAUGGUGCGUGGCCAAUAGCGAAAUCGGAAAGGAGAAGCUACAGACGGCUCUGGACUACGCGUGUGGUGAGGGAGGCGCAGACUGCCGUGCGAUCCAGCCGGGUGGGCCGUGUUACGACCCAAAUACCUUGGAAGCCCACGCGUCGUUCGCUUUCAACAGCUACUACCAGAAGAAUGGGCGUGGAAGCUGGACCUGCAGUUUUGGUGGGGCGGCCGCCAUCGUUACGCAACCGCCGAAGUUUGGAAAUUGCGAGUUACCCAGUGGCACUGAACACUGAAAAAUAGAAGGUUUGGAUGAAUGACAGCCAGAUUAAUUAGGGCGAAUUUAAUUUUUUUCUUCUUUUAGCUCUGAUGUAAUGUUGAGUAGUAGGAUUUAUGAAUGGAACAAUUAUUUGACAACUUUUGUGUAUAAUCUAAGCAUAUAAGCUAAUAUCCCCGUUGAUAUUAUGAUUGCCAUUCUGUUUCCUGAAUACCCUUUUUGUUGAUUCUUUCCUAGCUGUUUCUUCUCUUGCUGAUGAAAAUUUAAUUUGGGUUCCACAAGUGCACUUUUCUCUUUCUUCCUUUCUAGCUGAAGAUUUAGCUAUUCAUUUGGUUGGUGGUAGUACCAAAGAAGCACUAGGUAUUUGUCUUAGCAUUUUGAAAAGCUCUAAUCGAAUCAGUCAAGGGUGUUUGGAUCAUAAAUGUCUAUCAACGCAUAGCAACUAUGACUCUGAGCCUUAUCUUAACAAUUCACCUAGGCUCCCCUAUAUUAUUGUGUCAUAAUAUUAAUGAAAUUUAGGUUUUACUAUUGGCUGUCAUUACCUAAUAUACAAACUAGUUUCGAAUAAAAUGCUUUUGAGAAA